AAUGGGUAUUACCUUGGAUAGUGUUAUCAAAACUUGUCCAGCCAAGAUUUGAUACAGAUAGAAGGAAAUUUCAUUCAUUUUGACAAGCUUUUUAUAUAUGGGAAUGGUUUCUUCUCUAAGAGGAAGGAGAAACCAUGCCCCCCUCAUUAAUAGUAUCAGUACUUCCCACUUAACUUCUGCCUUGCCAUCUUGGAGGAAGGCAGGAAAAACAACAAUGUUUGACAAAAUCUACGUCACAAAAUGUAGAAAAGCAGAGAAAUGCGAAAUGACUAGAGAAGCCAGAAAUCCUGACAGACGUAGGAUGAGAAGGGAUACGCAACAAAGAAAGAAGUGGCCCAAAUUGUCUUUGCUGGAUGAUUCGGGACUAGAGUCAUUGCAAAGAAUUUUAGGGUAAAUCUGGAGUAAAUAAACUAGGAAGGUACCAAAUCCCAUCCUCUCCCAGGGCUUCAUUUGCUCACUCUAUCCCUUUUAUUCAUAUUGAGAGUUUAUUAAUUACUAAGCUAAGAGGUUGCCCUUUCAUAUGCAUGUUUAAUUCCAUGUUUAUAAAACUUAGCACUAAUAGAAAGUUAACCAAAUAUUUGUUAAAUCCUUGCAUAAAGACAGCUUUAAUGAUUCUUAAAUGCAAAAAUAAGCCAUCUUUUCCUGAACCAAGCCUUUUACAUAUUUUUCUGAAUAGGUAAGUGUAUGAAAGAAAGUUGAUAAUGAUAUCUGGGUUGUGAAUACUGAAAUAGAAAAUCUUCAUUCAAGUAAACUAGCCAAAGUCCUCAGAAGAGGGUUUACAUAGGACUUAAUAUGCUACAUAGACCUUGGACUAGUCCUCUGUACAGGAAUAAGGAGAUCAUUAGGCUGGCAGAAAUAAGGACAUGCAAAAGCCUGUAUGGGUGAGUGCUUAAUGUAAGGGUGAAGUUACACAUUGCACUCAGACCAUAUUAAAGUUAUGCAAUGUUAAGCAGUGUUAAAGUUAAAACAUGCUGUGAGCAAUCGCACAUUAAGCAUUAAUAUCAUUUCUUGUCUGCACAGCUCUGACUUGCUAUUAGAGGGUUGGAGCACAGCAAAGAACCAGGACACCUGGGCUUUCUCCCUGCUCUGAUGGGUGGGGGGCAAGGAGAGGUAUAUAUAGGGAUGCUGGAGGAUUGCAAAUUGCUCAUUUUAUCUCUGUGGAGCGGACUGAAGGUAGCCUAAUACAAACUAGGUAGCAUGGCUCAGAGUUAACUUGCCUGAAGUGGUAUAACUUUGAGAUGCUCAGAGGGCACAUAGCAUGAGUUAAUGAGCUUAAAUAUGUGGAUGCUUGUGGUUUAAGUGUCCUUAGUAUGGUCUAAAUGUACUGUGUAACUUCAUCUUAAGAUAGAAGGGAUACAGGAGAGACAGAAUAGAGUGAGACCAAUGGUUAAUUCUUUCAAUUUAGAUUUUAUCUUUAAUGAAUUUAUCUCUUGACAUUUCAAAUAAAAUAGAUUAUAAAGCUAAAGAUGAAACACUUCUUUAUUUUUAAAAUGUUGCCUCAUUCCCUGAAGUCAAUGGAAAAUAAAGGACUGCUUUAAAGGUUUAAGGAGGUUUAAGCUGGGUAUUAGGAAAAACUCUCUCUCCAGGAGGGUGGUGAAGCACUGGAACAGGUUACCUAAAAACAAGGUGGAAUCCCCAUCCUUGGAGGUUUUUAAGGCCUGGCUUGACAAAGCCCUAGCUGAGAUGAUCUAGUUGGGCAUGGUCCUGCUUUGAGCAGGGGGUUGGUCUAGAUGACCUCCUGAGGUCCCUUCCAACCCUAAUUUUCUAGGAUUCUGUGAUUCUAUUAAAUGAAACAGAUCUCUAAGUGCUUUGCUAUCUGUUGCUUCAGUGCUUAUAGUUAAGCUCUUAAAUGCUUUGCUGAAUUGGAUCCCAAGUGUCUACUGUUCUCCAUCACUGCAUACACUCACUAAUUACAGAGAUUUCAAUUUAUUAAAGACAGUGAUGUUUCAAACCUUAUUGUGGAACUUUGUGCAUUAUAGUUCAUACAUGCAUACUUGUAAGUGUGAUGUGUCAGAAUAAAGUCCACCAGUCCACUCAGAGUAAGAUCAGAAAGAUGCACUUUUGCUUGCCUUCCAACUUUGUGAUAUGGAGCUGAGGUGGAGUUGUUCACCUGGACUUCAGCAGCAGGCAAAGUACAGUUCCAAAGAAUUAGCUCAUUUAUUUGUGUGCUGUAUUUAUUUUUCAAGAUUCACUUGAAGGGAGAAGCAAGCUGCCUGAAGGAAGAGAGGGACUGACUGAGAGGAAAGAUGAAGCUGAAAAGUUCACUGGGAUUUAUUCUUCUAUUCCUCUUUAAAUGUGAUGUGUUGACAAGUGCUGAAGAGGCUGUGGUGCUUGCUAAUGCCCAUCUUCUCCCUCAAAGAGGCUACGAGAAACUGGAUAACAACAAUGAGAAAGAAUACCCAAGGGAUUGUUACGAGAUUUUUCAACACUCUGAAAGAAACUCCAAAGAUGGUCUUUAUGUUAUUCAGCCAAUGAAAGAUCCUAUUGUUGUCUACUGUAAUAUGCAAGAUGGUGGCUGGACAGUAAUCCAGCACAUUACAGCCAAUAGUACUGUGGAUUUUGAUAGGACUUGGCAGGAUUACAAAUAUGGUUUUGGCUCAGUUCAUGACAAUUACUGGUUAGGGAAUGAAUACAUGCAUCAGUUAACCAGCAGUUCAAGGCCAUAUACACUUAGAGUCAAACUCGUAGACUUAAAUGCUGAAAUCAAAUGGGGAGAGUAUGACCCAUUCUACAUUGAAAAUGAAGAGUCUCAAUACAGGAUAAGGGUUGGUCUAUACAAAGGAAAUGCUAUGGAUGCUCUGACGCAGGACACAGAAGCUUAUCUCCAUGACAACCAGAAAUUCACAACCAAAGACAGAGAUAAUGAUAACUAUUUUCAGAAUUGUGCUAAACUAGAGUACAAUGGCAUUCCAGGUGGAGGCUGGUGGUACGAUGCUUGUGCUGGAGCAAAUCUAAAUCGCAGGAAUGUUAUAUACUGGCAAAAGGACUGCAACAAAGACCAUAUGUGCAAGUUUGCAUGGAUGAUGGUCAAGCCCAGUGACUAUGGCCAGUGUACCACAAAGGCUUGUCCUUGUCAUAAAGAUGAAUUGUAAAUAACACCACUACAUUUUAAAGGGAUGUCAUCAAUGAAGCUUGUAAAAAAUCUAUUUGCCAUCUCUUUGUUUAUUGUGUGGAAUCAGUAGGAUCACUGUUGGUAGCAAAAUUGUUUUCUAUGACUAGUUCUUUUAGAAACUCUGGAACUAACUUCAAAAUUUGGAUAAGAGUUUGAAUUCCCUGUUGGUAAGGAGCAUUUGAGUCCAUUGUUCUGGCUCAGCUCAUGGCAAAAUCAGACUCAGGUGAUGUUUUUCAGAGCUGGGUGUGGUUUGUGAUUCUGAAUUCCUCCCAAAAGUAAGAUAUUUUUUAAUCUAGGGAUUUCCAUUCAUUUUUACUUUGAACUUUUUGUACCACAUAAGUACAAUAAGAGGUAGGUGUAGCUAUUUAAAUGAUCACUUUCAAAGGACUAGAAAGGCAUGGGUAAGUAAUAAAUAAUUAUUACAUUUCUGUAAUCUCCUGUCUGAAGACAAAGUCUUAGGUUUGUUUACUAUUCUAUUAACUGGAACAGAAAAAUUAAACAACAGACUAUGUUCACAGCUAGUCUGUGUGAAUCCCAGAUUCAUUAUGAAUGGACUCUUUUUUAGAGCUCUUCCUAAAUAUUCCUGUUUCUGAAUUCAGUCCUGCCUCUGUACAGGCUGGCAGGGUUGGACCUAUAGUCAUGACAAGUAUCCAUUUGUAAUGUAGUACAUUUGUAAGGACCUAUUCAAUUCACGAUUUUGUGGAUUUUGCAGAAAUUGUGAAAUUGGGCAAUGUCUGCAACAUCUGGGGAGAAAAAGAAAAACUUACUAAAACUAAAAUGCUGCCUCCCCAGUGGGAGCCUGUAGUAUUCAUGGCUGGUGUAGAAGGAGAAAAAGGGGCUGCUGGUACAAAGGGGAGCAGCCAAGAUGGCUGCUGCCCCACGCCCCUUGCUGAUGAUUGCCUGAGAGGGCUGCCUAUUGUGUGGCUCCAUCCCACUCCAUUAAUCAGCACCAAGGGGUAGGGCACCAGGGCCCCUUAGCCAAUCAGAGGUGUGGGAGGGCACCAUGAUAAAUCCACAAAAAUACCUGCCAGCCCUGUGAUCUGCCCAUGAAAUCAGCCACAUGCCUCCUUGAUUUAAGUAGGUCCUAUACAUGCGCUAAUGAAAAUGGAACUCCCAGCAAGAAACAAUUUGACAUUAAAGAGGACUGAUAUGAAAAUGUGUAUGUCUUAUAUUCCAUUCAUAGAGGGCCAUGAUAUGCAUGCAAUUCUGAAAAGUUGUUUUUAUGUGAGUAUUUAUGGUUGUAGCAAGCUUACAAAUACACAGUGGCAUACUUUUAUGAAUCUGGCCAAAAUCCUCAGUAGCACCUGUUGGUAUGUAUGUUGUAGGUAUAGUUAAAAGACACAUAUCACACUGGUGGUUGCUUGAGUCAGGCAGAAAACAGAGCAGGGUUGCACCUUAGAGCAGGGGUGGGCAAUUAUUUGGGCUGGCAGGCCACUUAAUGAGUUUUGGUGACCUGUCAAGGGCCACAUCUGUGUCCCUCCUGCUCUGUGUCCCUCCUUUCCUCCCUCCUGGAGCUGUGAACAGUAUGGAAGCCACUUGAAGCUUUAGCAUAUGCCGCCCCCGCCCCACAUGGCCAGAGUCCACCUGCCUGAAGUUUUAGCAUGCCCCAACCUGCCAGGCUCCAGGUGCAGAAGCAUGAACCCGCCCACAGUUGUAACAUGCCCUGUGCCCCCCAUCCCUCCAUGCCUGGAGCCCCAACCCAGAAACUGCUGGCCACAUUUAGACAGCUGGGGAUGCAGCCAACAGCUGCCAGGUCCCAAGUAACAGGGUUUGGGACUAUGAACUGUGUAUAACAUAAGCUAUUCCUUAUUUUUAUUAGACCAGCCAGACUUAAUGGUCUUGUCAGCCUUCCUAUUAGAAAGUUUCAUAGUGUGGGUUUACAAUGCUAUAAAUUUUUUCUCCUAGUUGAAACUUCAUGAACAAUUUUAUCAAUUUUAAAACAAAAUGCAUCCAGCAAGUUUUGAAUUGUAAUAAAAAAAAAUAUAUGAGUAUUCACACACUUCUUGUUUUCUUGAGUAAUUUUUAAAUGAAAUUUUGUGAGACAUUAUUGCUUCAUAUUAAGACUGUGUUUUUUUUACGGAAUUCAUGAUGUCCUUCUUAACAUUAUUGUGAGUUAAGAACAAACCACUAGCUUUAAUUCUGAUCUGCUGGGUUUGGUUGUGAUGGUCUUCAGAUUUGACAUAAUUUAAACACAGGGGCUGCAUCCAGAUGAGUGCAGCUUUGCGGUAUGUGGUGCUGCAAACACGUCUGUGGUGCCACUUACCACACAUUUAGAUGUUCUCUGUGCAGUAAGGGUGUACACACAAGCAGAGCAUGCCACUCAAAAGUGGAGCUGGGCCACCUGGAGCCAUGCUCUGGCUGCUGGCCAGGCUCUGUGUGGCAGAAUCGCCACUACUGCAGCCCUGAGACCCCAGGUAAGACCCUCAAGGUGCACCACCACUACUUGCCCCCAGGGAACAAAAUGUCCUUGCUCAUUUGGACAUGCCCAGGGUUUUUCUUCUGACUACCAGUGUGAAAUGCAGUGUUAUUGUACUGCCUUAAAAAAUGUUAUUAUUAAGAAGUUAAAUAAUGUUUAAAUAAAAAAAGUGUUAAUAAAAGGAUUUAUUCUACAAGUAUCUGAAAAAGUCUAGUAUCUUGUGCAUAUGAAAGUUUCUGUCCUUAUGUAAUUUUUCUCUCUAUCACCAGAAGAUCUGACUGGUUGCUUCCUUUUUGAGUAAUUUUUUAAAUAAUACACCACUGUAGUCAAUAAAAUAUGGCAAACUUUU